UUCGAGAAGAGAGCUAUAUCUUCCUCAUUUCUCCUCUUUCGUUCUUCUUUGUCUUCUUCUUCCUUAGUCUACUAGAUCUGAGGAUUCAGAGAGAAUCAAUGGAGGACUCUCUCAAGUUCCUCGUUCUCGCGCUCCUAAUCUCUUGUUGUGCCACCCACGUUAGCUCUGAUGGCUCGGAUCACCGCUACAAGGAUAAUGACGUCGUCCCUCUCUACGCCAACAAGGUCGGCCCUUUCCACAACCCCAGUGAGACGUAUCGCUACUUCGAUCUGCCCUUCUGUUCAGGAGGUGAUGUGAAGGAGAAGAAAGAAGCUCUUGGAGAGGUGCUGAAUGGAGAUCGCCUUGUUAGUGCUCCUUAUAAGCUUGAGUUUAGAAAAGAGAAGGAGUCUGAGGUUGCUUGUUCGAAAAAGCUCUCAAAGGAAGAUGUUGCUAAGUUUAGGGAAGCUGUGAAAAAGGAUUACUACUUUCAAAUGUACUACGAUGACUUGCCAAUCUGGGGUUUUAUAGGAAAAGUUGAUAAAGAUGUAAAAACUGACCCAAGCGAAGUCAAAUAUUCUCUUUACAAGCAUAUCCAUUUUGACAUUCUCUACAAUAAAGAUCGUGUGAUUGAAAUCAGUGCUAAGACUGAUCCUUCAUCAGUUGUAGACUUGACAGAGGACAAAGAGGCUGAUACCGAUUUCACAUACACUGUGAAAUGGAGGGAAACUGAGAUUCCUUUUGAGAAGAGAAUGGACAAGUAUUCACAAUCGUCUUCACUGCCCCAUCACUUGGAAAUUCACUGGUUCUCAAUCAUAAAUUCAUGUGUUACAGUGCUUCUGUUGACUGGUUUCCUUGCAACAAUCCUCAUGCGGGUUUUGAAAAAUGAUUUCAUGAAGUAUGCACAAGAUGAGGAAGCUGCUGAUGAUCAAGAAGAGACAGGAUGGAAGUAUAUCCAUGGUGAUGUUUUUCGGUUCCCAAAGCACAAAUCAGUGUUUGCUGCUGCCCUUGGUUCUGGCACACAAUUGUUCACUCUCACUAUAUUCAUUUUCAUGCUUGCAUUAGUUGGUGUAUUUUACCCAUACAACCGAGGUGCUUUAUUCACUGCUUUGGUGGUCAUUUAUGCACUCACAUCUGGUAUUGCGGGAUACACAGCAACUGCUUUCUAUUGUCAGCUUGAAGGAACAAACUGGGUGAGAAAUCUGUUGCUUACAGGGUGCCUUUUUUGCGGGCCCCUGUUCCUCACAUUCUGCUUCCUUAACACUGUUGCAAUUGCUUAUAGUGCAACCGCAGCUCUUCCUUUUGGCACUAUUGUAGUCAUUGUCCUUAUAUGGACAUUAGUAACCUCACCAUUGCUUGUGUUGGGUGGUAUUGCUGGGAAAAAUAGCAAAGCUGAGUUCCAAGCUCCUUGUCGCACCACAAAAUAUCCUCGGGAAAUUCCACCCUUGCCUUGGUACAGGGGUACACUUCCUCAGAUGGCAAUGGCAGGGUUCCUUCCUUUUAGUGCUAUUUACAUUGAGCUUUACUACAUAUUUGCAAGUGUUUGGGGUCACAGGAUCUACACCAUCUACAGCAUUCUGUUUAUUGUUUUCAUCAUCCUCUUGAUUGUCACUGCAUUCAUCACUGUGGCUUUGACGUACUUCCAACUUGCUGCUGAAGAUCAUGAAUGGUGGUGGAGAUCUUUCCUGUGCGGUGGAUCAACUGGUCUGUUUAUCUACGCAUACUGCUUGUAUUACUACUACGCCCGAUCAGAUAUGUCUGGUUUCAUGCAAACCUCGUUCUUCUUCGGUUACAUGGCAUGCAUCUGCUACGGCUUCUUCCUGAUGCUCGGGAUGGUGGGUUUCCGUGCUGCGCUGCUCUUUGUUCGCCAUAUUUACAGGUCGAUCAAGUGUGAGUAAGCAUUGUUGGUCGAUGCUUUCGGUAAAAUCUGUGCUGGUUUCUUCUUCUGCUGCAUCAAAGGGAGGAAGGUCUGUGAUUUUUGUUAGGUGGAUUUGGUCAUUUAGGAAUUCUGCUCUGCGUUUGCUCCAGGGUUUAGGGAUAUAUUGGGCUCUACUUAUGUUGACUGUAUGUAUUUACAAUGUUAAUGUGGGGAAGAGAUUGUAUAACCACAUUUUUACCUUACUCGCUGAAACGACUUUUUCCAUGUUAGCAAAAAGUGACCCUCUAUUUUUAUCUCUUUA